AUGGCCUUUGGGCUCAAGGGGAAGGGCGCUUGCUUAUGUAAGGUUACCUGGAUCAUAUCGAGCUUUCUUCCCCAGCGUCAACAUCGCGACACCGUGCCCUGUCACGACUAUCCAAUUCGAACCCAGUCCAACACUUUCGGUAUCAUCCACCCGACAAAUCCAACGAACGGGCCCUUACCAUUCAAAUUCCUCGAUGAUUCACCGCCGCCCACCUCUCCCCCGAACAUCCGCACGACCAUGAACUCGCCACCGACACCAGUCAAUGCGCGACCAACACGGCCAGAUUUUACCCCUUCUGCCGAUUUGCUCGAGGCCUCACUUUACGAUUGUAUGCAAAAUCAAGCUGAAGCCACUCCGGAAGCAGAUUUCGACGACAGCCGACAGGAGGGGCACAAAUACCGCUGCGAGCUAAGUCGAGCAAAGCUGCCGCCCAAGGAAGCCAUCCAUUGUCGACAGCAGAUCCAGAUGUUGUCGUAUUGGAUGUGUGAGGGCUCGUGGUUGCAGGAUCUGUUGAACGCCAACUUGGAUGCCAACGACAACGUCAAAGACUGGAAAAAGUUGGUAACCGGACUCCGGAGCCUUCUCACAUCGCUUGGGUUAUCACUACCCGAGAUUGAAUCACGUCGACAAGUCGGGAUUGACAAUCAGCAAUAUUGGUUAAUCGAAGCUACGCAAUACGACGACACCUCGACACGACUGGAAACAAGUUGGCGGACAAGACAAUUUUCGAGACGACCGAGACGUAUUUCAAAGAAGCUGCCUGGACAGCUGCCACCGCGAGGCGCCGCAUCUCUAACCGCUGAUCGGGUAUCCAAUCGGACAAGAUCCAAACCCCGACCAGCACUGCGGCGCAAUGGGCGUUUACCGCCGCAGCGCUCAACGGCCGCGCUAGGUGCGGAUUUCGAAACUGCGAAAAAGCACCCUGGGGAUUACUUGGACACCUUCACCGAAACACCCAUGUACAUGGCUCCCGAGUUUCUCAAACGACCCCUACGCUACAAUAGCAGCUGCGAAAUCUUCUCCGUGGGCAUCAUCGCGGUACAGCUUCUUACCUAA